AUGGCCCCGUAUCGAAGAAAUGACGAGCGUCAAAGGAACGACGAAGAGCGUCCGCUGCUGACUACCGAAGGAGAGCGCAAUAGUUACGCGGACCAUGAAGAGCCACAAGAGAUCACUUUCUCUGACGAGGCCGACGACAAUCCAAAGAAAUGGAGCAGCAGGAAGCGAAUGGUCAACGUGUUUAUCAUCGGCUUGAUGGCAAUCCUCACACCAUUAGCGAGCUCAAUGUUCACGCCUGGUAUAACUCAAAUCGCCGACGACCUCAAAGCUCCAGAGACGAGUAUCAUUGCCACCACGACCGGCUUUGUCAUUUUGAUGGGCAUUGGACCGCUGAUAUUGGCACCGUUGUCCGAGACCUUUGGAAGAAGGCUGGUCUAUAUCGUUUCAUUCAGUAUCUUUUCAGUAUUGCAGAUACCGUCCGCUCUAGCUCCAAAUGCUGCGACUCUGGUCGCUGUUCGCACAAUCUCUGGCUUCUUCGGCUCUGUCGGCCUUGCAAAUGGCGGCGGUACUAUUAAUGAUAUGUACGAACCUUAUGAGCGAGCCACCAUAUUCGGCUGGUAUUUGUUAGGACCACUACUAGGUCCAAGUUUAGGCCCUCUCUUCGGUGGUCUCAUAGUCUCCCGCCUCGGCUGGCGCUGGAUCUACUGGGUCCUCCUCAUAGUCUGCACCUUCAACACUACGAUCGGCUACUUCUUCUUGCGCGAGACCUACGCUCCCGUCAUCCUCGCCCAGAAACGCGCCCGCCUCAUCUCCAAAAACCCCGACAGCAAAUACACCUUCGCCGGCCAAGACGACCGCCCCAUCACCGCUAAACUCCGCCAGAGCAUCAAACGCCCCAUAGUCAUCUUCAUCCAGCCCAUCGUUCUCUGCAUGUCCCUCUGGCAAGCCCUCAUCUUCGGCACCACCUACAGCAUCUUCACCAACCUCCAAGCAAUCUUCAGCAAAGCACCCUACAACUUCAAUAGCGAGCAGAUCGGCCUCUUAUACCUCGCCCCAGGCCUCGGCUUCAUCCUCAGUGUUCGCCUCAUCAUCCCCCGCAUCGACACGGUCUACAACCAGCUCACCGAGAAAAACAACGGAAAAGCGAAACCGGAAUUCCGCCUUCCACUAGCCAACAUCGGUAGUGUCCUCGUCCCCAUCGCCCUCUUCUGGUUCGCAUGGACAGUCGAGUACCGUCUCCACUGGGCCAUCUGCAUCUCCGCAACAUUUGUCUACGGUAUCGGCCAGGUAGUCAUGUUCAACACGAUACAGAACUACUACAUCGACAGCUUUAGCGAGUAUGCCGCCAGCGCAAUCGCAGGAGGUAGUGUGUUUAGGAGUUUUGUGGGUGGUGUGGUGCCGCUGUUUGCGCCGGCCAUGUUUGAUAAGUUGGGGUAUGGGUGGGGGAUUUCGGUGUUUGCUUUUCUUUCUGUGGCUAUUGGGCCGGCGCCGUUGUUCUUUUAUUAUUAUGGUCCGAGGAUUAGGGAGAGGUUUCCUUUGACUUUGGACUGA